AGUAUAUUUUAUUUUAAUUAUUUGGAAUUAAAUAAUUAUUAAUUUUAAUAGUAACUUAUGAUAAUUGAAAAUUUGUAUUCAGCGUUUUCAAAAAUAGUGUUUUUGACUGUUCACUUUGUAAUAUUUGUAUAAUUUUUCAGUUAUUUAAAUGCAAUUUUAGAUUGUUAUAUUCUCAGUAAAUUUGUAUUUGAAUUAUGGCUGUUCCGAAUGAGUUAAGUUUAGAAGCUGUUCGUGAUUUCAUGAUUAUGAAUGAUGGAAAAGUUACUAAUCAUGACUUAGUGACUCAUUUUAAAUAUUUUCUAACAAAUCCACAAAACAGAGCUGAAGCAAGACUUAAGUUUAAAGAAAUUGUGAACACUGUGGCUACCGUUAUCUGUGGAGAAGAUGGAGAAAAGUAUUUAAUGCUUAAACGUCGCUUCAGAGUAGCUGGUUGUAUUGGUUUAUCAUUAGAGCCCUCCAUGAGCACAGCUUCUUCUCUAACCUCACUAACCUCUUAUCCUGGAUUAUCUUCUGUGCAUCAUUCGUUGUCACAAGAUUCUCUUAUUGACCCUCCUAGAUUUCAACAAAGAUCACCAAUGGUAUCACCAUCGACUAGACAACCUCCACCUUAUCGUCCACCACCUUCUCCUAUUGCAUCACCUAAAGAAUGUUCACCAACGAAAGAGGCUGCACCACCUGUUCCUCCUAGGCGUAGAAGUUCUGAAAAAAUUAAACUAAUUGAAUUAAAUGACAAUGCUAUAAUAAAUUCUAAAGAUAAUUAUAAAGAAAAUGAUCAACCUCAGCAGCCUCAGAUAAGUGUAAAAGAUCGAACACAAAAAUUCAAUCGGAUAGCAUCUGAAAAUGCCUUACAUUUAGCUAGUCAACUACCAUCGCCAAAUAAGAAGAAAAUAGAAAAGAACGAUAAAGACGAAGAAGACACUAUUUCUAUGACAUCACUGGAUCCUAAGACUAAAGAAUGGGUCGUCAAAUCAGCAAAAUGCGACUAUCAAGCUUUGGCAAAACUAGCUUCUGAAAAUUCUGGAAUUGCAAAGUUCAAGGACCCUAUCACUGUAAGUAAACAUUUUAUAUACGACCUAUUUCUUAUUUUGAAACCGUAUAUAUUAAUUAUUGUUGUUUUUGCAUUUUUCAUCACCUGUUGUUUGACUUGGCCUUUUUCCGGAUACUACAACAGAGCGUGAGUAUUGGUUUAUUAA